UGCGUGUACGCCUCCCGCGCGCUCGCGCACCAGCUCGAUGUGAACCCCGGCGGCGCCGGUAUUGACUCGCCCAACGUCUCGAGCGCGGGAUCAGGCUUGGUCGCACGCAGUGCUCCGCUGGACCCGUUCGCUGACGACGACGACGACGGCGUCUUCGCGCUCGCCGCACCGGUCGCAUCCGCUCCAUCCGCUAUGCAUACGGCAAUGCCAACAGCACCAGCACCAGCAACGACUACAGCAGCACCUUCAUCACCCGACACCACCCCAAACAAAGCUAUCAAUGAUGACAGCGCAGCGCACAAAUACGCACAGACGACGGCGGCCGUGAUCGCGGGCGUGACGCCCAUGCUCGCGCUGAUCUACUUCUGCCCGCUCGUGCUCGUCUUCCGGCACGCGAAGCGCCAUCCGCGCGCCGUGAACAAGGUCGCUGGGGCGCGGGUGCAGGUCUGGGCGCCCAUGGUGUACGGGUUCUUGGUGCUCAGCAGUCUCGCGGAGGUGGCGCUCGCAGCAUGGCUCCUCCUCCAGUUCCGCUUCAACGGCAACGCGCCGAACAUAUCGGUCAUCACGGGCGUGCGGGUCCUUCUCUUCGCAGGCUGCUGGACCCUCACAACAGCCGGGACAUACGCGCUCCUCUUCCUCGACCCCGCAUGGUCGCGCCGGCCCAUCGCCUCCGUCGGCGCGCAGGCGCUCUGGAUCCUCGCCACGUGGGCCGCGUGGGUCGUCGGCGCCGCGCUGCUCAACCGCGGCGCGCCGCAGCUGUUCGCGGGCGUCGGCGUCGGCGCGGGGCAGGAGGCGUGCGCGGGCGUGGUGUAUUGCGGGCAGGUGAAGACGCUGUUUGGUGAGUCGCCGGGCGGUUUUGUCGGUACCGGAGUACUUAUGCGGAUUUUUUCUCGUGUGCUAUAG